GAAGUGCAUCCGGCAUUUGCCCUGAUCCUCUCCUUCCUGUACACCCCCUAACCAUAGACUGCUCUUGAGCAUUACCAUUGCCUCGGUAUAGAAAGGUGUAAAGAGACAAAAAUAUGGCCCCGCUUCCCCAGCCCGACCUCCCCGAGCCCGCGCACCCAACCGUCGAUUCGAUGUUGAGCCGCAAGUUUGGCAAGGAGGUUGCGAACUACUUCUCUGGCUCCCCGUUGAACCGCGUAUCCUUCCUGCGCCCCGACCACACCUUCCUCUCCUCAGCGCUGCGCCACUCCUCCGCAACGUUCAUCCUGUUCAAGAACAUCGAGCCGCUUGUGUCCUCGCCCACGUCACUCGCGCGUGUUUCUUACGCCGACGUCGAGCCCAUCAUCGGCAAGGAUAUUUUUCAUACCACGGAGGAGGAUGUUAUUGCGCAGUACAACUCGGACCUGUAUAUCCCGCAGAUAGUGUUUUUGGGGCUGGAUGAGCGGAAGGAGGGGUUUGUGUAUAAGGAGCAUUACAAGGGGCAGCCGUGGUUUGCGGUCGAUGUCACGCCCAAGGGGAGUGUCAAGGAGGAGGCGGAGAAGCUCAUCUCCAGGCUUCAAGGGAAGGGGCUGGACUUUAGCAAAGGGAGGAUGCACCUCUCCCUGCCCGCAGAAGAAGCGGCUAUAUACGCCGAAGCCCGCCACCUCCUCGACUGGAACGCACGCAACCCCUUCUGCGCCUCCUGCGGCUACAAGACGCUCUCUGUAAACGCAGGCUUCAAGCGCACCUGCCCGCCAAAAGACAUUGCAGCCGCAGUCAACAGCUCGACCCCCGGCGAGCGCCCGCCCUGCGCUACACGCACCGGCGUAUCAAACCUGUGCUUCCCGCGCACCGAUCCCACGGUCAUCAUGGCUGUCGUCAGCGCAGAUGGCAAAAGAGUUUUGCUGGGCAGGCAGAAGAGGUGGCCGCAGUACUGGUACAGCACGCUCGCCGGCUUCCUUGAGCCGGCGGAAAGCGUCGAGGAGGCCGUGCGCCGCGAAGUCUGGGAGGAGUCCGGUGUGCAUCUUGGGCGCGUCGUGAUUCACUCCACGCAGCCGUGGCCGUACCCAGCGAAUCUGAUGAUUGGCGCUAUCGGACAAGCGAUUCCAGGGGGUGAGACGGUGCAUCUGGGUCACGAUGCAGAGCUCGAGGAUGCGAAGUGGUUUGAGCAGGAUGAGCUCAGGGAGGCGCUGCGGGUAGGGACCAGUGGACUGGGCGAGGAGCCGGGGCCGGAGUGGAAGGAGGGAGGCUUGAGGUUGCCGCCCAAGACAGCGAUUGCGUAUCAGUUGAUUAGUGCGAUGGUGAAUGGGUUUGCGAGCGGGUCGCCUAUGAUCUGAGCUUCAGUUCACGAAGCCGGUGUGGAAGAUAGGCGUUGGAGUUGAGGGGAGGGUACAGAGUAGACG